AUAUCAACGAGUGCGCACGCGCAAAAAAAUUUUAUCAGGAAAACGAAACUGGCCCAGCAAACAAGAGGAAGUUGCGAAAAUUCAACAAAUUUUGCAUCUAAAUCAGUUACUUUUCAAAAAUCCCGAUAAUAAUAUUGAAAAAUACACAGGAAUUAUUUUAGGCGAAGUUUUAUACCAAGCAAACCUGGAGAGACUGACACUAGAUAGGGUUAUAUAAAAAUAUCUGUCAAACAAGCAGUGCAGUGAAAGCUCAACCAUGUGGUUGUUGGCGAUGUGUGUAGUUCUAUUGCUCUCAAUGGUAAAUGUUAGCAAUGGAUCUUUUCUGGAUUAUUGUAACAUGACAGUGACAAUCUUCUCUCAAUACCAAACCUUUGAUCUUAACAACUACCUUGAUGAUGUACAAUACGAAGAUGGUGAGAAGAUCACCUGUGAUGUGACCUUUGUUGCUGCAAGCCCUGAUACUAAACUAUCCAUUAAGUUUCCUUCCUAUGAAAUAGCUGUCGAUGGCAACACUGGCAACGAUAUUUACAUUUCAUCAUACUUUCCUGGUGGUCCACGCGUGAGAGAUGAUGACGGAAUAACAGUGUAUGACUUGCUUGCCAAGGAAUACCUAUUAGGAAAUAAGUACAGUAGAUGGGCUGGGGAAAAAACCACCAAAUUUGACUUCUCAAGCAUAUCCGAUUCUGGACUAAGUUCAAAAGAAUAUGUAUACUACAAAGAGGACCUUGGAGAGAUGAAAGAUAUGGAAGCGGCCAAAGAAUUUGCUAAAAAUUCGAAGGUUUUGAUAAGCUAUAAAGGGGAACCAAGUAAAGAUAGUUUCAGCUUAGUGGUGGGAUUGAUGAAAGGAUCAAUACCAACCACAACCAUUCCCUUCCUCCCUAAAUUGCCGGACACAGAUUUUAACCAAUAUCCUGACAUGCCUGAUGACUCCAGUGUACAGUAUAACAGUGGUGGCACAACUGUACAGAAUACUGUUCUCUACCCAAUUGUCGGUGUUGUGGUAUUUGUCGUCUUACUUCUCAGUAUUGGACUGAGAUUGUACAUUCGUAGUCGAAGAAUCAUGGCUGCACAGCAAAAUGCACGAGUGAGGAGUUGGUUGUUCACUGAGUUCCUCCGUGCUGCCAUUUUACGUCAAGCCACGACAUCUGAGGACCAUGAUAUUCUAGUUGCAAAUGCGGAGGGUGGAGUAGAAGAUCCUACCCCUAUGAAUGCAAAUCGUACCCCUACUGGUGCGAUGCCAGCUCCACCAGCAUAUGAAACCGUGAUUGAAGAAGGAAAUAAAUUCCUUCCUCCCUCAUAUGAAGCUGCAAUGAGCCCCGUUACCCCCCAAGGUGCAAGUGCAGGCCCUGUGCCACAAAGUGAUGUCGCCUCCCAGGCUACAACCGAGCCUUCGAUAAAUGUUACAACUGAGGCUUCAGUAGAUGUGACAGGUGCUACCCAACCACUUGUUCACGGACCACAAAGUAAUGCCAACUCAGAUCUGCAACAGGGACCCAUUGUUUAAACACAAAAUUGAAUGAUAUGUAUUUUGUAAGGCAAUUAAUUUAAAAGACCACCUGUGAAUAGUGUCAAUACUGUCAUAUUUUAAACAACAUGUUUUAUAGAGAAUAGACAGAUAGAGGUCUCAUAAAUUGAACAGGAGGAAUGUAUAUUACAUUGAUUAACAUAAAAAUUUAUGAAUAACGUAAUGAGUAAUUAAGUUUUUACUUGACUCCUAUCCUACCCCUCAAAAUUUAGGUGAUUUGUGUCUUAGAAUUAUGAAAUGCUUUAAUCUAUAGGCCUAUUAAGAGCUAUAUGAGGCAUUCUAGUCUUACAUAUGACUUUCAAACAGAUGGGACAUACAGUAUUCCAUCAACAUGAUUGUUGAAAAUCAAUAAACAAAAAUACAAAAAUGGAAGUGGUUCUACUAAUUUCAUGAUCUUACAUUUUUGUUGUAAAAUCA